CCAAUAAGAACCUUCCUAAAAAGAAAUGAAGAACUCAGAAUUACAGCAAUGAGAUUAAUUAAUAAAUCUAUCAUUUUUUUGUGCUUUCUUAGUACCCUACCAGUGUUUUUUUGCAGCUUCCAAAGCCCUCACUCUUCUUUUCAGGAAGUACUGUUUCGUCUCCUUCCCAGUCCUCACAGUCACAGACCCACAACUAAUAUCCAUGUCAUUGAGUGAAACACACUGGUCUCUCUCUCAUUUGUUGAAGAAACAGUGGUUAAGUCUUAAGUGGUUAUCUGAUAUCCCAUGUGGGUCUUAAUACUUAUUAAGGUGGAUUGCUCAACCUCAAGUGUAUCCAAGUCUGUCUUCCCCAGAUAGCUCAAUAGUCUCUAUAAUGGAUUUCGCAAGUCCCAAAUGUUUUCAAGCUGCUCCUGUUUUUGCGUCUACUGGGGAUCCAGCAUUGCAAAGUAAGGACAACAGGUUUGCAGACGCCUUUCAAGACCCACUUUGCAAGCUUAAUCUCAAGGAGACAUCUGAGUUUGUCAAGUCAUUUCCAAUGGCAGGCAAUAUGGAAUGCAGAGGUUUUCUUGAAUUUCCACCUCAAAGGAGAAGAGAAGGAGUGCAUUCAAUGGCUCAGAGGAGAGUAGAAAUUCCCUCUACUCCUGGUAGGCCAAUAAUCAACUACAGCAUUGGUAAUCAUACAAAAAAGAGCUUGCCCUCUAAGUGGGAGGAUGCAGAGAAGUGGCUGAUGAGCAGUUCUUGCCAUGAAUCUCCUGCUCAUGCCUUUAAGCCAUCGCCAGGGUCUUCAAAGAUUCAGAAACAAAGUGAUAACUUUAAGCAUCAAAUGGAAGAAGUUGCAGAGAAAUCAAGGGUCACAGAGGAAAAAGUCUCAAAGCUUGUUCCUUCUUUUCAGGGGUCGGUAUCUUUGGAACGAAUAGCUUUUAGUGGGGUCUCUUCUUCUUCUAAUGUGCUUCUAAAAGACAAGUUCAUUGAUGAGGAAAAACCAGUUCUGCUAAAUUUUAGAUUCUCAGAUCAAUCAAAAGAAGGAUUUCUUUUUAGAAACUCAGCCAAUGAAGCAAUGAAAGGUGUUGGUCCUGAAGUAUUUCAUGAGGUAGAACAUAGAGAUAUUGGUACAGAAAUGACUCCUCUAGGCAGUUCCAUAAAUUCUAGAUGCCACACACCAAUCAAAAGCUCAUCACCUGCUCGCCAUAACACGCCUGCUAAUAGGUCAGGCCCUUUGCCUUUGGGGACGUCUGGCAGCACCAAUAGUAGCAUUGACAUAUCCCAGCUACAAGCUUGCCAUUUGGCUAAGCUACAACUUGGGUCUCAAUAUGAUUCUAUUACAUCAAAUUGGAGCUCAAGGGAAGAAGAGGAGGAGGAAAUAUCAAAAAGCCUGAGACACUUUGAAACAGGCAUCACUUGCAGGAAAAGUGUUUCAGAUUCAAGAGCUGCUGCAUGGGAGGAAGAGGAGAAGACAAAGUGCUGUCUUAGGUAUCAAGGAGAGGAAGCAAAAAUUCAAGCGUGGUUGAACCUCCAAACUGCAAAAGCAGAAGCUCAAACAAGAAAGCUUGAGGUGAAAAUACAAAAGAUGAGAUCAAACUUAGAAGAGAAGUUGAUGAAGAGAAUGGCAAUUGUUCACAGAAAAGCUGAAGAAUGGAGAGCUACCGCUAGCCAGCAACACACUGAGCAGAUGCAAAGAGCUAGUGAACAAACCAAGAAGAUGAUGAACGGACAAUUUUCUGGCCACACUUCUUGUGGUUGCUUUCCUUGCAGCAUCUAUCCUUGAUCUAGAAAUAAAAGAUAGAUGUAUCCGUCUCCUGCUCAUUCUAAGCAAAACCCAAUUAAA